UUAUUUGUGUACGUGAUUGAUGUGAGUAGACAACUAGUUGUACAUAAGUUUGCUUGUCUUUCAAUCAUCUACUGACUUCAUCGUUGCGAUAUCUUUGUAGACUUAACUCUACUACAAUGUCACGUUUUCCACGUUAUCUGAAUGAGAGUCAGGAGAAAGAUCUACGCGAGAUAGCCCAGGCCAUCUGUGCUCCGGGUAAGGGGAUCCUAGCUGCUGACGAAAGCACUGCAACUGUGGGGAAAAGGUUCCAAACUAUCGGGAUUGAGAACAAUGAGGAAAAUCGUCGUUUAUACCGACAGUUGCUUUUCAGUGCCGAUCGUUCACUAGCUCAAAAUAUUUCUGGGGUGAUUCUAUUCGAAGAAACACUGCAUCAAAAAUCGGAUGAUGGGAAGACGCUUCCAACAUUGCUUACUGAGAGGAAUAUAAUACCUGGCAUAAAAGUAGAUAAGGGUGUUGUCCCUUUAGGUGGGACAAAUAAUGAAACUACUACCCAAGGUCUUGAUGACCUUGCCUCGCGAUGUGCUGAAUACAGGAAAUUGGGUUGCCGUUUUGCCAAAUGGCGCUGUGUCUUAAAGAUAUCUUCACAUACUCCUUCGUACCAGGCUAUGCUGGAAAAUGCGAAUGUACUUGCACGUUACGCCUCAAUCUGUCAGCAGAAUGGCCUGGUUCCGAUUGUUGAACCCGAGGUUCUUCCAGAUGGUGAUCAUGAUCUAGAAACUGCUCAGAGGGUUACAGAAGAAGUGUUGUCAUUUGUAUACAAAGCUUUGGCUGAUCACCACGUUUACUUGGAAGGAACACUUUUAAAACCUAAUAUGGUUACAGCUGGACAGGCUUGCAAAAAGGCUUACACACCUCAAGAAAACGCUUUGGCAACUGUUCGUGCUUUACAGCGCACAGUACCUCCAGCCGUUCCAGGUGUUACAUUUCUGUCUGGGGGCCAAUCAGAAUUAGAUGCCACGAAGAAUUUAAAUGAAAUCAACAAGAUUCCUGGACCCAAACCUUGGGCACUCACCUUCAGUUUCGGCCGCGCUCUGCAAGCUUCUGUCCUUGCGGCUUGGAAAGGAAAGACUGAAAAUGUAGCUGCUGCUCAGGAAGAGUUGCUUAAAUUGGCUAAGGUAAAUUACUGAGGGUGAAGUUUAUUUCCGGUUGACGUUUAGUUACAUUCUAAUGAUAUGAAAAUGCAAUCACCAGGUGCUUUGUCUUGUAACACUUGAAAUAUUUUAGCCGUAAAUUUUAGUUGGAUCAGUAGGUGUGUUCGAUUACUUUAAAUUGAUCGUUUCAAAUUGUUCUGGUUUGAUUAGUCCUGCUUUCUUUGGUUUUAUAAAAAGAAAUGAAUUGUAUGAAAUAAUUCUGCCGGUUGGUGGGAUAUUACACUGUGUCGGGUUUAUUUCUGAAGGAAUCAGCAUACAAAGUGACUGUUAAAUUCAGUCUUUAGAAAUAAGCAGUAAAACAUGCCAAUUCAUACAAACAUACAGGCGAUUCACAGAUGUUCAGAUUUUGUUAUUUUGGUUUGCUAAGCUUUUAAUAUCAGCAACAAAUUUAUGAGCCGAUUAUUGCUUUAUUAUAAAUGCUGGUUUUAACGUGAACCGUUUUUUCGCUUAGCUACAUAAUCUCAGUUUUGAAACUUAGAUCUAUGAGCUAUGUACGGCAUCUAAGUUAAAAGUUUUUAAAACACUUGUUAUAUUUUAUUCAUGAACAUGUUAAUUUUACCAUAAUAAUUUUUGAAUUUUAGGCCAACGGUGCCGCUGCUUUAGGGAAAUUUGAAGGACAUAUGGCUACUGUGCUGGGAGACAAAUCACUAUUUGUAGCUAAUCAUGCCUAUUAAAUAUCAUAAUCAUCAUUGCGUUAUGUGAUUGCAAACCCCUACUUUCUAGCAUAUCUAGUCUGCAUCAUAAAUAAUCCUCCAUGCAAUAUCAAGAUUGAAGUAACUUUCCAGUUACUUUUUGUUUUAAUUGUUUUUUCUUUGAGUUACUUCAUACUUCAACUUUCUUUGAUCACAGAGAUACUUACCAUUGUAUUUAAUAGUAUUAGUUGGUUUGUCAAUUCAUAAUAACUGAAAAAUACACAUUCUUCCCAUU